AUGAAAGUCUCACUUCUUCAGCUCGAAAGAUCCUAUUUAGAAGCCCUUUCAGAAUUUGGAGAGCACUCUUCUAAGACUCAAGAAACUCGCGUAAGGCUUAUUGAGAUGCUUAACCAAACAGGCAAAUACUUGAUAUCUCAAAAGCUUCCUGGAGAAAAGUAUCUGCAAAGAGCUGUUGAAUUAGCCAAUUUGCUAAAUAUGGAGGAAUAACUAAUCAUAAAAUAUUAAACAUUUAUGUUAUAUGCUGAGUACUUCGAAUUCACAAAGAAUUAUAAUUAGGCAUACAAUUUGUUGAUAAAGUUAAUUCCCCUGGCAAAGGUCAAUCAAAGGAAUUUAAUAAUGAUUUAAAUUCAAAUUCUCAAUCAUGUAAUUGAAAAUGGUAGGUUGUGCAAGAGGAACGAUAUUAUCCCGUUGAAUGAAUAAUUGUUAAAUUUGAUGGAGGAGAUUGGACUGAGCUUUUAUUUAUACAAGGAAUUCCCCAAUAAGUUUCAACAAAUUUUGCUAUAAGCCUUAUCCUUCCAAGCAAAGACUUUCUUGAGGUAAAAUAAAGAUAAAGAGGCAACACAACUGUUCUUUUAGUCCUAUCAUCUAUGCGAAGAACUGCUGGGAUUUGAAGACAAAAGAACACAAGAAUACAAAAAAUAGUAUGAGUAAUUGAGUGAUAAAAUCUCAGUUAAUUUGGAGAUUCAAAGUUAAGAUGAAGAGGAGCAAGACAAUGCACAGCCAAUUCAAAUGACCGAGAGAGAAGAGAAGAAAAUUCUAUCGUUUAGAUCAAAAAAUACAUACAUCAAUAAUUAUAUAAUAAAUGUAGAUUCUGCCAGAGCACCAAAAUUAGCAAAAAAGAUAGAUAAGACUAAAAUCGAGAAACCUAUUAUGAGUUAGAGAGCUCCCCCUAAGUUUAAUGAAUAGUAAUUUUAGCAACUAUUUAUCAUAAAGAAUGCUAUGAAAAGACCUUUGAGUUCACAAGGAACUACUAAAAUGACGAGUCCAACUCGAUGUUAAUCAAUAGUGUCGAAGAAGAAUACAAGUAAAGCCUAAAAUAGAGUUCCAUCUUUAGAAUAAAGUCUCAUAAAAUAAUUGGAAACUGCUUAACCACAUGAUAGAAUUAAUGAUCUUAUUAUUAAUAGGCCUCAUUACGAAGAAGUCAAGAAAUAUGAUAUAGUCAAUGCUAUAAAACAAAGAAAUACAAAAUAAUUCUCCUCCAAUUAUUUAAUUUAGUUAAUACCCCCAUUUCAUUCUCAAAGACCGCAAAUUAGAGAACCUUCCAAAAAUAAUAUUGCUUAUAAAGUAGACAGUAAGAAGUUUCCAAGCAAUCCCAGCAAUUAAAAGAUUGAGAGAAGUUCUUAAAAGAAAAUCACAACCAAUGAAAUUUAACCUACUUUGAGUAAUAUCAGAUUAGUUGGUAGUGGGAUCAAUUUGACUAGUGAAAAUGAUGAUGAUAUUAUUAAAUAAUAAGAGGAUAACAAAAAUUAUUCAUUUGAAGAAGAACCUUUGAAAGUAAUCAAACAUUUCGAUCCCAUAAUUGAUAAAUUCUUAGAAAAUCAUUCAAUGUAGGUUCUAUUAGCUGCUGCAGAUAGAAUCAAGGCUAAAAUGAAACAUCAUGUCUAUUAUUCCAGAAAAAAGAGGAAUGAAGUUGAAUCGAAGCAAAGUGCCACAUCUCCAGGAAGAUUACAUCCGCAUAACAAAAACAUGACUAGAUCAAGUACAUAUGGAUUCGAGAUCUUAGAGAUUGUUGAAAAAAAGAUAUUGGAAAAUGAAGCGAGUAAAAUAAUACAUAAGUUAAUAUCUCCUGAAAAUUAAUUAGAAUCUUACUCUAUUCAUUUUUACAAUAAACUAUUUACUGACCAUGAAACCUCAAAGUGGAUAUUACAGAAUCCUAAAUUUAGAGGUUAAAUCUUUUAGAAAAAAUAAGAUAAAAAUGAAUAUCAACAAUUAAGUGUUGAGUUAAUUUAGGCCAUGUUAUCCAAUUAAAAAAAAUUAGCAACGCUUUAAGUUAUUGCUUCAAUAGAAUUAUCUAAUAACAUACGAAAGUUUUAAGUGAGAUUCAUAAUUGAUUCCUUAGCCUAGCAUUAUAAAGAGAUUUCCAAUUACGAUGAUAUGUUGGAAUUAUUCAACCAACUAACUCAAAUCUACUUCAUCUAGGAAAAUCUAUUAAAUGAAUGGAAGGAAUAACAUCGAUAAUAUACUCUAUAUGUAGUCAGUAGUAAUUAAGAAAAUGAAGAUCUUAAACUUAAGAAUUAGAUUGAGAAUGUUAGAGGCCAUGAAACUUAUAAAAUAGAUUAUUAUUAGGAUUUACUAUCCAAGAUCUUAUUUCUAAUCAGGAGGAUGAGUUAUGUAAAAACUAUCAAUGGUUUCAAGUUUAAAUCAGAAACUUAGGAUCUCUAGAACUCCAUUUAAAAAUACAACAAUGAGAUAUAUUAAAAAAAAAUUCACAGAAUGAAAUCAUAUUUCUAGUAUACAGAUAUGUCUAUGCAAUUGAAGGACUAAAAAAAUACAAAGCCAUUAAAAAAAGAAUUGACAAAAAGAUAACGCAGGAAAAUGAAAGAUAAACAUCUUUUCAUUGCAGAUGAUAGUUAAUAGAGUUUUAUGAAUGAUAGCAACACACCAUAAUUUGAAGAGAAUAGGUCUGCAUCACCUGUAAAAAGCAUCAAGAACAAGGACUCUGUUAAAGAUAAUGAUAAAAUGUCUAGAUAGAAUUCUAAUGAUUCUCCUCAUUCUAAGUAUAAAUAAUAGUAAUCAUUAAAAGCAAAUGCUAGAAUUUCAUUGCAAUAACCAGAUACUUAAGCAGAAUUGUCUGAAAUAUUUUCACUAGAAACUCAGGAUUAUCUCAAAAGAUACUUUCCUGAAUUCAAAUUAAAUGUACCUCCACUUAAUUAUAUUCCUACUUCUAUCUAAAUUGUGUAAAAAUACUAAGUUGAAUCCCAUUACUACUUUAAAAAAGAAUUGCCUAUCGUCAAUUCCAACAAGCUGCAAUAUAAACCCAUACAUUCUGAUAAUUACUUAAUUUAAACCUAAAUUAUUAAAAUUGACAAAUAAUUCUACUUUUUGACUCUAACUAAUAAGUUAAAGUUGGAAUAAAUCUUUUGUAAGGACAAAUGGGAAGAUGAGUUGGAUAUACAAUUGAAGGACUUAAUCAACUAUUCUGUUGGAAGAACUGGAUAUAUUAUAGAUAUAAUUAAGUUACAAGAGGUGUUAAAAUCAAAAUUAGAAAUUGUAAAUUGCAAGAUCCAAUUGAAAAAAGAUGAAGCUGACGAUUCAUCUACCAAAAAGGAUCUAAAGUUAUUUAGAUAGAAUAAGAAACUGUAUUUCGCUAAGGAAUCGAUUCAAUUUAUAGAGGAAGAAUUGAAUGAGAUGUCUUAAGACAGUUAAAGUCAGGAUAGUGAGAGCCUCGAUCUCAUAGAGGAACAUAAAAGAGAUCCAUUAAUAGAUAUUAUCUUCCUGCUUGGAGUCAUCAAUACUAAUUCAUUUGUAUACAAUGAUGUUCAUUUAAGAAGUUGUAAACUCCUGAGACUUAUAGAUGGCAAACUGAUGUUGGCAGAACCUGAUGAACUUAGGAAACCAAAAUUUCCAAUUAGAUUGAUUCUGUCUCACGAAGAUAUGAACAAACAUAUAGCAAGGACAAAUGAAAAUACAAUAGCUGGAAAGGAUAUCACAUUAUUUCCUCAUUUUAAUUCUCUUUUUUUAGUUAAAUAGACUCAAUAUAAUUACAAGUUCAUUAAGGUUAAAUUGCAACUACAGUCAGAUAUUAAUAGAUUGCAUUAGGACAUUAGAAACAAUGCUGCAAGAGCCCAAUUAUUCAUGUAUUAAAAUAAUCAUAGAAAACAGAUCAUAUGUUUGAAUUCUUAAUAAACUGAGAAUUGGUUUCAUAUUUCAUAGAUUGACGGAAGGAUGAGAGACUUUCUCUUUAGUUAUAAGACUAUGAUGAAGAAAACAUUAACAGGAUGGAAGCUAUUAUAAAAUAACAGAAGAUAAUCAAUAUCCAAAGAUGUUAGAUUCUUGCUAAUUUAGGAUAAAUUAGUGAAUACGAAAUAGUAUUUUAUUCAAAGUAAAAUAUAAGAUAUAGGAUAUGUUUUUGUUACUGGAACAGUAUUUUAAGAAAUGUUAUUAAUUAAAGUCAUGCCAGUAGGAAAUAAAAGCAAGGUUCAUAUAUUUCUUUAUAAAGUUUUUGAUGAGGAUAUAAUUAAAACUAUGAAUUAAUUGUGUAAAUAUUUCAUUUUAAAAACAACUUUGACCUAUUCAAGAUUAGAAUUGGUUCCCAUUACUCAAAAUCAAAUUCGAAAAUAAUAUCUAUUGGGAAAUUAAUUUAAUGAUAAUAACAUUUUAAUUGGAUAGAAAUUAUAUUCAAGAGUUAUUUAUAAAUAGAUUAAGAAAAUAGAUAAAAACUAUUUUAUUAUAACAGUAACACUAAUAAAGAACUAUUUUCAGGUAUACUUUUAUAAUUAGAGCAAUUGUAGAAGAUUCUAUUACACAAUACAUAGAUCUGAUUUUGUAAUAAUGAAUAAAUAUUUUUUGGAUUCCAUCUUUCCAGAACAACCUAAAGAAGUAAUGGAAUAGUUCUUUAGAAAUUGGAAGUUUAAUGAGAUUUCAAAGAUUCAUUCUCUAAUAAUAAAAGCACCAGAGACGUUUAGAAAUAGAACUUAAAUGUAUAUUCAAUAGAUAAAAGAUACUAAAAAAAGUUACAAGAGAUCUGCCACAUCAAGUCUAUCGAGUAUUAAUAAUGUGUUGAGAUAAUCUACUCUGCAAUUUAAUAAUGUGUAAGAAAAUUCUUUUGAAGAAAUUCUGAAUAGAGAGUGCUGGUUAUUUGAUACUUUAUUAUUAAGAAACCAAAAAAGCAUAUUUGAGAAGAAGAUAUGGCUAGAAAUCUUAAAGCAAAUGAAUAUCAAUAAAAAUUAAAUAAGUUUAGAUACGUUCAGAGCAACGUUGAAUGAAUUAGUUUAUUCAAAUGAUAGAACAUGCAAUUUUUUAUGCUAUAUUCCAUGUCAAGAAAUUCAAUAAUCGUUUCGUUGGCAACCUGUUAGAUUAAGAAUUUAUGAGUAUGAUACUUGCAAAAGUGUAGACAUCCCUUUAAACAUAAGGGGAAAGCAAGUCUAAAUUUAUAAGUAAUGCAAUUAAAUAAUGGAGGAUUACUUGAAAUUUAAAAUAUUGCCAAGCAAUUAAGAAAUUAUGAAACUAAACAAAAAUAAUGAUAGUCAAUUCAUCAAAUAUCAGUUACUUUAUAAGGGUGCAUUUAUGAAACAUAAAAUGUUGUUUAUGGCUAUUUAUUUCAAUAACGAUGUGUUUCACAUUUGCAUCUAUAGUAGCUCGAAUCAAUUAAUUCGAAAGUUGGACAUAAUUUAAGUGGAGUUAAAGAUCCCCUAUAUAAGAUAGUUAUUGACACUGAAUCCUUAUGAGGCAGGUAGGAGAAUUAGUUUAAUAUACAGAAAUAACUUCAUCCAUGCUUCUUUCCUGAAUUUGUGA